GUUUUUACCAGCACGCGAUAUUCUAUAAAAAAAGUUUACGCUCAUAUCAGUAAAAAAGUGGUCCUGUGGGAGUUUGCUUGACCUACUAAAAUGAACAUACAAACAAGUGAAACAAGUGUCGUCAUUAUUGGAGCUGGCAUGGCUGGACUCUCUGCUGCUGAACACUUGACCCAAAACGGAAUAACUAGCAUGGUAGUGUUGGAGGCUGCCAAUAGGUAUGGAGGGAGAAUUCAUACAGUUUACUUUGGAGGGCAGAAGUCGCUAGUUGAACUUGGUGCUAACUGGAUUCAUGGCGGAAGUCUCGGAAAUCCGGUCUUUAAUUUAGCCGUUCAGCAUGGUCUUCUUUCUGGAGACAUUAAGUAUACUGAGGAACACAACGGUCAUUUUGUGACUUCAUUUGGAUCUAUGGUUGAAAAAGAAAUGAGUAAAAAAAUGCAUGGCAUUUUCCAGGACUUGGAGAAGGAAAUGACCUGUUUGGAAAAAUAUCCUAGUGAUACAAGUAUUCAAGAAUUUAUAAGUCAGCGCGAAGAGAGUAUAGUGCAAACAAUUAAUUCUGACGAACGCCCUCUUGUACAUUCAAUGUUCAGUUAUUUCAAAAAUUAUAUUGAAUUUUAUGAAGGUGAUUCUUUAGAAAGAAUUUCUUUACGGAACGUAAGGGAUUAUAAAGUUUUCCCUGGGAGAAACGUCAAACUUCCUUUAGGAUACAUAUCUCUUCUGGAUGUUAUAGUUAAUUCUCUGCCUGAGGGUGUUUUGAAACUUAACCAUGAAGUUUCUCGGAUAAAUUGGACUGGUCCAAAAUGUAAGGUUUCUUGUCUGAAUGGUAAAGUGUUUGAAGCAGAUCAUGUUAUCUUGACUGUGCCAUUGGGUGUUCUGAAAAAGAAAUGCACUUCUAUGUUUAACCCUUCUUUACCCCGUCAAAAUCUUGAAGCAAUCGAAAGAACAGGCUUUGGUCGAGUUGGUAAAAUUUUCCUUGAAUUCGAACGACCCUUUUGGAAAGUAGGAGACUUAAAAUAUCUGCAUCUAGCUUGGGACAAGGCAGAAUGGGAGAAGAUGAAAAUAGAUCCUAACCAGUGGAUAGCUUCAGUAAGUGGAUUUGAAGAAGUUCUAAAUAAUCCCAAAGUUCUUCUUGGUUGGAUCGCUGGUCCUCACAGUGAGUACGUGGAGAAAGUAUCUGAUGAGGAAAUUAUAGAGACCUGUACUACGUGUUUACGCCGAUUCCUGAAUGACCCAAGUAUUCCAAGACCUGUAAGAAUCCUCCGUUCAAAGUGGUGUUCCGAUCCUCUUUUCGGUGGCUCGUACAGCUUCUUAACUCCAAACAAUCUCCCAGGUGACAUCGAUAUUCUAGCUACUCCUUUACCAUCUGUUACCAAUCUGCGACUGUUGUUUGCAGGUGAAGCUACUCACCCAAGCUAUUUUUCAACAACUCACGGAGCAAGGCUCAGUGGACAACGGGAAGCUUCUCGUCUUGUAAGCAAUGCCUAAAAAAGAAAAUUGUAAACACUCUUUGUAAGACCGUUUUUCGACUAACGGUGUAGUUAGUAGAUAUGAAGUAUAAUGCCUUUCGUGUUUACUUAGUUUAUUAUUUUAA